AAGUCUCAGCGGCCGCCAGUAGUUUUAUAAAGACGCCCGCGUCAGGAGAUUCGUCUUAUUCGCAGUCACUCAGCCGUGCUUGAGCGUCAACAGGUGCUAAUCAGAGUCAUCAGCUUGUCUUUCUCGAGAAGAUCUCUUUGCGAUAAAAUAUGAAGUGCUUCGCGGGCUUUUUCACACUCUUCAUCGCUCUGCAGAGCGCUUUUGGAUAUUCAGCGACUUCGGGAGCCGCGGCAGGAGCUUCGGCUGGCGCGGGAUCUUUCUCAUCAACCGGAGGCUCUAAUUCCGCGGGAGUUUUCUCCACGGGAUCCGGAAGCGUUCCUUCGAAUAGCUUCAGCAACACGCCUAAUGCUGGUCAAUACGGCUCGCAAUAUCCUUAUGUAGACAACAACCUGGGCUCUUCUUACGGAGGCUCCGCAGGCGGCUCAACUUUCGGAGGCUCCACAGACGGUUCUUCUUACGGAGGCGCGGCAGCCGGCGCGGCUUCUGGCGGCGCCUAUGCUGGCACCGGAGCGGCUCCUUUCAUUCCUCCUGUUCAGCCGCCAACAGGCCAAUUUCCCGGGCAAUUUCCGUCCCCGCCGUCGCAGUACGACUACCAGAAUCUCUUCCUGAACUUCUGGAAGAGCCUCAGUGAUAACUACGCCAAUGCGGCAACAAUGACUUUUGCCACUCCAGGCGCUAAUGCUUUCGCCGCAGCCUCUUCAGGACCACACAAUGAAUUGAUCAAUGAGCAAUUGGCUCAUCAGGCGGCUCUCUUCAACCAGAUUAACGCCGCUGGAAGCCGCUUUGGGGCUCAGCCGGGCGUUGGAGCGUCAGGCGGUGGUGGCGGCGGAUAUUACGCACCCAGUUUCGCCAGCUCGAGCGCCUCUCUUGGACCACAAGGUGGCUAUCAAACGGCCAACAUCAUUCCCGCCAAUCCGAACUCUCCGAACGUGGACACGCGCUAUGGCGGCGAGAACCCCGUUGUGACGACGUCAGUUGGCCAGCCAGGCUUCUACGGCGUCUCCAGCUCGAGCUUCUCCACGUCCUCUGACAUCAAUGGCCAGAAGAGUUCACACAGAGAAGCCCAAACGACCAUCAACGACAACGGUCAAGUCACGACGUACACCGUGCGAUCGUAGAUUCCUUGGAAUUCCUCUGCGAGAAAAAAAUCCCCCUCAACAUCCUGUCCAA